UAAAAAAUCAACAAGUUGGAAAAUAAUUUAAUUUUUCAAGAAGUUUCCUCUCUCAAGAAAAAUUAUUAUGGCUAGUGAAGUGGCAAGGCCUGAAAAUGCACCACAACAUUGUCCUGGUACUGAAAGCGAAGAGGCUGGCAAAGCAUCAGCGUGUGCUGGUUGCCCCAAUCAACAGAUUUGCUCUACUGCACCCAAAGGUCCUGAUCCAGGAAUAGCUUUAGUGAAGGAUAGAUUGGAAGCAGUGCAAUAUAAAAUUCUCAUUCUGUCUGGUAAAGGAGGUGUGGGCAAAAGCACAGUAACAGGAUUACUGAGUAGAGCCCUUGCGAAGAGUGACAGUGAAAAAAAUGUUGCUGUUUUGGAUAUUGACAUUUGCGGUCCUUCUCAGCCAAGAGUCAUGGGGGUGGUUGAUGAACAAGUGCACCAAUCUGGAUCUGGAUGGUCUCCUGUGUAUGUUGAUGAUAAUCUGUCAGUCAUGUCGAUAGGAUUUCUUUUGGGGUCUCCUGAUGAUGCGAUUAUUUGGAGAGGUCCCAAAAAAAAUGGAAUGAUUAAGCAAUUUUUAAGCGAAGUUGAUUGGGGAAAAUUGGACUAUUUAUUAAUUGACACUCCACCUGGAACUUCUGAUGAACAUCUUUCAGCAGUAACUUAUUUGUCCCAAGCCAAUUUGACUGGGGCAGUUAUAGUUACAACUCCUCAAGAAGUCGCUUUGUUGGAUGUAAGGAAGGAGAUUGAUUUUUGCAGGAAAACAAAAAUUAAUAUUUUGGGAGUUGUGGAAAAUAUGUCUGAGUUUAUUUGUCCUUGUUGUCAAAAAAGCUCGCAAAUAUUUAAAGCCAAUACUGGGGGGGCUGAAAAAAUGUGCCAGGAUUUAAAUGUUCCAUUUUUGGGAAGUUUACCUCUUGAUCCUAAAGUUGCCAAGUCAUGUGAUAACGCUAAUGAUUGCUUUGAAGAGAUUUCUGAUUCCCCUGUUUUAACAGCAUUGGAAAACAUUGUAAAAAAUCUUACAGCUAAAUGUAAUGAGAAAUAAGGGGGUAAAAAUGUUAUAUUUUUAUUAUUAUUAUUAGGAAUAUUAAUUAUUGUGAUCCCAAAAUAACGACACUUUAGCCUUAUAAUAAACUAUUAACUUAAUACAAACUGAAAAUAUUUAUUCCCAGUUUUGCAUAACAAAUAGUCCACAUAAAUAUACCAAUUAUCCUGACUAUGUAUUUCCAUAAGUUGUUCUAAUUUGUCAUUGAUUUGUGGCAAGUAGUUUUGCAAUUCUUUUUCAACGUCACCUACACACCAGGCUAUGCUCAUGUGAAAAGAUGGGUCCUUGUAAAAUGUUGGUAGAUCAUAUUCCUUUAAACAAAUAUCUAGAGUUUCUACCAUUUUGACCAAAGUAUCACGGCCGCUUCUUAUUUGUAUACCCAGAAAGGUUCUGGUUCUUUCUUCAUUGCAGUAUACUUUAACGGAAUCA